GGUCUUCUAUUAAACAGCUGCUUGAUUAACUUUACUGGUUAACUUUGACUAGACCUAUGAUGCUCCUUUAUGACUGAAUAAAUUAGUUGACACAUGCACUCAGUUAAGCUCGCACAAGGACGAACAAGCUAACAUGGGCAAUCACAUAAUGUGCGGAUUAGUAGAAUGUGUUGGCUUGUUCACAGAGAUAAGUACUUUCCUGAAUUUUCUCGGUAAAUAACACUUGAAACAUUUUCACAGAGAUCAGCGUUUCAUAGGCGGACUUAACUCGAGUUAAGUCGGCUUUUAAGCCAAGUACGCGGACUUAGCCUGAGUCGCCUACAAAGCGGGUUGCAUGUUCAGUCUCAACCCCGGUUUCCGUCUUAAAAUUUAAGACUGCUGCCACCCUGGCUUAACUCCUGGCUUAGCCUCCACACGCUGCUUACGCAUGCGCACACUGCAGUUGUCGUAGUUGUUUACUGAGUCGCCCUGAGUAUACGAUUGAGAAGAUACAGAAUGUUCAUUACUUCACAGGGAUGAUCAAAUCCAUUUGAAAUGUAUGAAGUCGAUAUGUUUCAUCGUUUUCGAUUCCGUCGAUAACUUAGUGGAAAAAGAUUUCGACCAUUUUCAACCAAAAUUCUCUGUUCCGCCUUUGUUGCAGACAGAAAUGAUGAAAAGAAAAAUUAAGCUGUUAUUGUUGCUCAUUCUGAUGAGUACGUGUGUUUAUUUUAUGAUCUACACUGACAUCACAUACAGUCAUGUGACUUUGUGGUCUUUUCUAAAACCAAACAGCAAAGAUCGUCUUGUGAGUGAGAAACACGACGAUAACAUAACCAGCCUGUAUCUUCAAAGAUGGGAAGUUUAUAAAACUGCGAAAGAGCAUUUUGCCACUAGGAUUUGUGGUAAUAAAGAUGUGGGACCCUGUGUGGAUCCUGCUUGUAACACGACCUUCCUGCCGCCCAGGGCGAGACUACAGCGUCUUGUGAGCACCCAGUACAACGUCAGCUCCCGCCAUCUUGAGGUGCUGCGCUCCUUGGGGGCCCGGGUGCCGCCCGCCGACCUCGUCUUCCUCACGGCGGCCUCAGAGGACCAUUUUGAUGAGAGUCAGGGUGUCAUCAGGGACCUGCAUGAAAAGGUCUUUCCCUGGCUCACCGGCAACACAAACUAUACUUAUAACUUGAUCUACUAUGACCUGGGACUCGCCAACAAAAGCCUGGCGCUGCUCACUAAGUACUGCAGAUGUCACGUGCUGAGUUUCCCAUUCCAGUCGCUACCUGAUAUCUUCAAGAAUCUCAGAACGUACCAGUGGAAGCCCUUACUUGUGAGGGCGCACAGCCCGCACUCCAAGAUACUGAUGUGGAUGGAUGCUUCGGUCCGCUUCAAGUCCGGUGAUGUCAGCCUCAUCAUCCAGCGUGUCAUGGCCGACGGAUUUUUCAUUCAACGCGACGGCUGGAUGAUGCCGAGACACGUGAUGCCAGUGAUGCUGCAGUAUUUUCACACUGAAGCCUGUCUCCUCGCCCCCUUCUAUGAGACGGAAGCAAACUUCUUUGUGGUCAAGAACGAGCCGCUGAUGAGCCAAGUUGUACUGGAUCCUUGGGUCGCCUGUGCAUUUGCCCCGAGAUGUGUUUAUCCAGGUGAUGACUGGAUUAAACUCUUACCGUGUCAUGGUGACAAACGAGGCUAUAGUGUGUGUCACAGAUUCGACCAGGCGGCUCUAGGUGUGAUUCUUGUUACACUGUUUGACUUUAAACUGUCACACCUUGUAGUUCCUGACAACAAUGUUAAUAUUCAGAGAGACAACCUAGUAAAGUAUUUUCCCAGCACAGUUUAAGUAAUCUAUAUUUCCCAUUUUUUAUGCAACCUAUCAACUAUAUUCUCGGAAGAAGGAGAAUUCCCUUCUCUGUUAUUUUCGUCGAUUUGACUUCUUACUUCAGAAAUAUAGUAAAACUUCUGUACUAUGACCCGAUUACGAAUCGCACUCUGUCACGAACCACACAUUUUUCAUGGACGCAUUUCGCUAAAUAAACACCAUCUCUAUUGUGACUACCUCCACAACCCGACUUAUGGCCAACACUCUGAGCUCCUUUACCACUUUAUGCUCCUUCUUGUCUUUUUUUCACAAAUGCACGACUCAUGGUUGUGCUUCCUAACGAUCAUUUUGGAGAAGUCACAUGCUAAUAAAAAUGAAAGAAUAUUAUGUACGUUCUCAUAUUCUCUCUCUCUUUCUCUCUCUCUCUCUCUCUCUCUCUCUCUCUCUCUCACACACAGCUCUUAGAUUUUACCCACAUAAGUUUGAGGUGACACAAAGUGUCUGCACAGCUGCCUACAAUAUAUCAAUUAAUUCUACUCAGUGGUACUACAACCUUAAGAACUAUUAACAUUUAGAAAUGAAGGUUUGGAUUGUAACUAAUGUGUCAAGUUAUAGACAUUGUUAGUAGUGUGCUCUGGAAUUAUAGGUGUAUUGUAUAUUUAUAUUGGUAUGACUUUUAAUUUACGAUCACUCUAAAUGUCACUGAAUAAAUGUAAACGUCUAUUGGAGUAAAAUAUAAGUUAUAUAUUAUACAUAAUGUAUAAUGAAGGUACAAACUUUUAAAUUUUAGAAAUGGAGAUGUAGAUUGUAACUAGUGUGUUAACCUAUAAAAAUGUUUAUCAUUGA